AUGUUUUCCUACACAAUUUAUCGCCGUAUUGAGUGCCGCGCCGCCGCCAUAUCGCGCAGUGUGGUGGGUCAAACACACGGCGGCCGCGGUGGCCGCAGCCGAGCGUGCGAACAAACCGCGGGAAUAUGCCGCGGCCGCGCGCUCUCCGGUCCGGCCCGGGGGGCGCCACGGGGGCCCGGGGGCUGCCGUGCCGAGGGCGCAGAUGGGGAGGAUGAUGACCGCGCGCUGCCCGGCCGGGUCGGCUGGGGGCGCCACGCGGGGCCCGGGGGGGCUGGAGCCGGCCGGGCGGCUGGACCGCGCCCCGCCGCGGCCCCCACCCCUGCCCCGCACCGCUCCGCGGCCGCCGUCGUCUCCAUACAACACGGCGCGCGCCGCGUGCUUCUCGUGCAGUCCGCCGCCGGCCAGCCUCCAGUGCGCUGUCCACGCUCCCGCUCCAGCAGCCCCGAGCUCCCUGACAUGCUGUUGCCGCUCCUCUUCGUGGCGUGCGCGCUGCUCGCGCCGGCGCGCGCCAAGGUGUACGAGCGGUGCGAGCUGGCCCGCGAGCUCAUGCACUCGCACGACGUACCCCGCGACCAGCUGGCCGUGUGGGUGUGCAUCGCGCGCCACGAGUCCGAGUACAACACGACGGCGGUGGGCCACGUCAACGGCGACGGCUCCGGCGACCACGGCAUCUUCCAGAUCUCGGACCUGUACUGGUGCUCGCACCAGGGCCGUGGCAAGGCGUGCGGCAUGGCGUGCAGCGAGCUGCUCGACGACAACAUCGCCGACGACAUGCAGUGCGCCAAGCGCAUCCACCGCGAGCACCAGGGCCUCAGCGGGAACGGGUUCAACGCGUGGGCCGUGUACGCGCAGCACUGCAAGCGGCCCGAGCGCGCCGCCAAGUACCUGGAGGGGUGCUUCUCCGGGACGGGCAACGAGAUCCAGCAGCCGCACGAGGCGUACGGGCUGCCGCCGCCGGCCAUCACCGCGCCGCCGCCCCGCGCCCGGCCCACCGCCGCGCCCGUCGCGCGCCCCGUCAGGCCGGCCGCGUCCUACGGCCUGCCGCCCCCGGCCGCCCCGGCCAGACGCUGGUACGCCCCCGCCGCCCCGCGCCCCGCCGUCGUCGCGCCGGUGCCGCGCUUCAGCUGGCAGGCCGCCCCCGCGCCGCCCCCGCGGCCCACCCUGCGGUCCAACCCUCAGCGCGUGGCGGCCGACCCUCGCAACUUCUGGAACUGGCAGCGAGGCGCCACGAGGCGCUGGUUCUAGACCUCCGACGAGUGCUGGACUCCCCCAGCCCAGCGUGGGGCUAGCAAACACUGGUGCUAAAGGACGGCGCCCAGCGCCUGGCGGGGCCUCCUACCCACCCGCGCACCAGCUGCGACGGGACUGCCACUGUGAUACGUGUAGCUUAGUGUCUCUUUACGGGGGCUGUGUUGCUUUUUUACACAUUUCCUGCAUCAGGAAGCCGACUGGAUAAAGGCUGUCUCUAGGGUAAAGUCGCCGCCGCGGUGAUCUCAGCUGAAGCUGCCAUAGCCAUAGCCGUGUGCAGAAUGAGUGAUUAAUUAAAACAUGUUGCGCUCGCAAGAGUGUUGGUUGUGUCGGGUCCUCUGCUCCGUGCAACGCGACGCGGACCGGUCUGCGGGACCAAGGACUCCCGCAGGGAGAGGGGAACACGGAAGGUGUAAUCGGCCUCCCUUCGAUAUUGGCCGUGCUGAUUGUAAUUUUUUUUACGAAAAGAAAAAUAAAGAGUUACGAUCUAGCCUG